AUGCCCAGCGCAACCUACGAAACUCCGACCCCCUUGCCCGUUCGCAAGCCCGCCCCCUUCGUCGUCGGCCCUACCAACAAGACCCCCCUACGCCCGACCACCAAGCUCCCCCAGGAUGUCAUUGACGCCGCCCGUGCCAUCCCCGCCGAGGACUUUGACGCCCGCAAGCACGUCUGCUUUGAGCCGCCCAAGAGGACCUACACCAUGAAGGAGUGGGGGUAUGAGAACCAGGGCGUCUCCCAUAUCGCUGGCUCCGACCCCUUCCCCCUCUUCACCGAGGCCGCCGUCAGGCAGGUUCGUCGCGAGCUAUUCAGCGAGGAGGUGCUCAGAACCUGCCAGUAUGCCUCGACCUUCACCAAGAACCAGAUCCGAGGCUACUCUCAAGAGAUGGCCCCCUUCGCCCAUGCUCUCUGGAAGAGCCCUGAGGUACUAGGAGCUGUCUCCGAAGUUGCUGGUAUCGAUCUCGUCCCCUUUGAGUACGAGGUUGGCCAUGCCAACCUCUUCUUCAGCGACGGGGAUGAGACCAGUGACAAAGGCAAUGACAGCGUCGGCUUCUCGUGGCACUACGACAGCUUCCCAUUUGUCUGUGUCACUAUGCUCUCCGACUGCACUGGAAUGAAGGGUGGUGAGACUGCUGUUCUCACUGGCAGCGGCGAAGUCCUCAAGGUCCGCGGUCCUACUAUGGGAACUGCCGUCAUUCUUCAAGGCCGAUACGUCAAGCACGCCGCCCUCAAAGCCAUCGGCAGGGAGAGAAUCUCGUUCAUCACAGCCUUCCGACCCAAGUCGCCAUUCGUCAAAGACGAGCUCGUCCUCACAGGCUCCCGUCUCAUCAGCAACCAGUCAGAGCUGCUCUACGACUACUGCACCUACCGUGCCGAUAUCUUGGAGGAGCGUUUCCGCGAUCAUGCCAAGAAACUGAGCGAGGCCCGGGCCGCGGGUGUCAAGUUCAACCCCGAUGCUGUGAGAGAGUUUAUCCAGGAGCAAAAGGAGAUGCUCGAGGCGGCUCUGUUGGAGAUGAUUCCUAUCCACGAUGUUGUAGAAGUUGAGUAA